CGGCUACCUGACCCGGAAGUGAUUCUGCAUGGAGUUGUGUCGCUCUAAUAGACAGCUCAGCGUUAACCCUGCUUCCUGCCUGUUCAUUCAGCCGCUGCGGCUCUCCAGUCAGUGACCCGUCCACCCGCUAUAUCACCCCGUGCCUGCUGUCCGGUGCCCGGCCUACCCUCCCCAGCACAAUGAACACCGCGCUGUCCAGGGCUAAUUCCCUCUUCGCCUUCUCUCUGAGUGUUAUGGCCGCUCUCACCUUCGGCUGUUUCAUCACUACCGCGUUCAAAGAGCGAGUGGUGCCCGUGAACAUCCACGUCUCCAGGGUGACGCUAGAGAAUGUUGAAGACUUCACCGGCCCCAGAGAAAAGAGUGACCUGGGAUUUCUCAUAUUCGAUAUAAAUGCAGAUUUGCAACCGAUAUUUGAUUGGAACGUCAAGCAGUUAUUCAUAUACCUUUCUGCGGAGUACGCAACUAAGAGUAAUGCUUUAAACCAGGUUGUGCUAUGGGACAAGAUCAUCCAGCGGGGAGACAACUCAAAGUUGUCUUUAAAGGAGAUGAAAUCGAAGUAUUUCUUCUUUGACGAUGGAAACGGCCUGAAGGGUAAUCGGAAUAUCACGCUCACCCUGUCCUGGAAUGUGGUCCCCAAUGCCGGCAUCCUGCCUCUGGUCACGGGAUCAGGACACAUCUCUAUCCCAUUCCCUGAAACCUACAAAACUCCAGUGAGCUAUUAAAUUAUUGAAAUCUUUCCUACGUUGAAUUUUUUAUAUAUCCGUAUGUUCCUGAACAUCUUGGAAACAUCCUGCCUACCUUUCCUACCAAAAGAAAGAAGUGUUUCAUUUACAAAAAAAAGGAAGAAGCUUCACGUGGCAAUAAAUCACUUGUUUGGAAACGUGUUCGCCAUGUCGAAGAGAGCGCCCAUGUAAAUACCAAGUUAAAGCCACAAUCUCUCUUUUAUUUUGAGCAGGUCUUAGUCUUCCCAGGUGCAGGGAAGAGACAUUCACUUCCAUCUUUCUGAAGCAAUGCAACAUUAUGUUUGUCUUGUUUUUAUUUUUUCCUCCUUUGGUUUAAUAAUGGCUGAGCCGCUUGUCAAUGGAAUAAAUUUGAUGAAUGUAUAUGUUCUUUUUUUAUUAGAAUAUUCAUUUGGAAGACUAUACAGAUGUCAGCAGUCCAAACACUGUUUUCAAAUAAAACUUUCCAACUUGGAGUACAAGUUA